CGAGCCCGUGGGAGCUGCCGAGGCGGCGGCGGCGGCGGAGGAGGAGGAGGCGGCGGCGGAGGAGGAGGAGGCGGCGGCGGCUGAGCCGGGCCCGGCCCGGCCGCCCCACCGCCCCCCGGCAGCUAUCUUGAAACUAUGUGGAAAUGGGGUAGUGGAGAUGAUUCUCCUUCCAAAGCUGCUGCAGGGUCACAAGAUGCAGGAAACAUGUCGGUGACAGAUUUGACUGAACAGCUGACAAGUACUGAGCAGCUGGUAACUCAGCUAAAGGAGCUUGUCCGAGAGAAGGAUGCUGAGCUUCGAAAUAAAGAUAAUCAGUUAAAGGAGGAGAGGGAAUCUGCUGAUGCCAAACUUUCCAAAGUGAAGCUGCAAAACAAAGCCAAGGUUGCAUCAUUAACCUCACAACUGGAAGAACUUAAGAAACAGUUAUCAGCAGCAGGAGGCUUGGAGGAAAAAGCAGAACAAAAAAAGGCAUCAAGAGAUGGCGACCAGGAAAACGCUGCAGCAAAUCGUGGGAAAAUAUUAGUGCUGAGAAGGAGAAUUGAAGAACUAGAAUCCCAGAUCACACAAAAAAAUGAAGAGCUACAAAAAAAGAAUGCUGAAUUGGAGGCCCAGCGCUGUCGGGGGGCUGAAAUGGAUGCCAUGCUGGCAGAGAAAGAAAAGAAGCUAGCUGAAAGAGAUGCCUAUAUCACUGAUUUACAGAUGGCCUGUGGAUCAGGUGGUGUUGCCAAUGAAAUAUUCUUGCCCAAUGAAGAAUUGAAGAAUGAGCUGUCCAUUAAAGAAUCUUCACUACAAAGCAUGCAGAUUCUUGUUCAGAACCUUACCAAGAAGGUUGGAGACAGUGAGGAAAAAUGUAGCUUGUUCCAGGAACAGAUUGAGAGUCUUAAAACCGUUCAGAACAAUGAAAGAGAACGUUUCCAAGAAAUGGAAGCUGCAUAUAUGGAAAAUGUACGUGUAUUUCAAAAUGUAAUCCAGGAAAAGGAAAAGGAAUUGGAAGCACAGAGGAAAAAACAUGAACAGGAGCUCUUUAAAUUAGUUGCUAAAUCUGAUGCAAGUGCUGACCUGGAACAGCUACUGAAAGCCUUGAAGCAGAAGCUCCAUGAAAAGGAAGAAGUCAUGAUGGGAAGGACGCAGGUGAUAGAUGUGCUGCAAAAAGAACUGGAUGCCAAGGACCAGCAAUUAAAAGAGAUUAAUGAAAACCUGAAACGUCUUCAGUCUGAAAAAGAAAACCUUCAGUCUAAACUGGAUGCAGAGAGACAUGUCUUGAGAGCCCAGAUAAAAGACAUGAUGGAGAAACACGUGCUUGAAAUGACAAAAGUGAGGGAGAAAUACGAUGCUGAACUGCAUGAAAUUCAAGAGAAACAUGAAACUGAGCUGCAAGAAAAAGAUCAGGCCCUGGUUCAGCUUAAGAAACAAGUGGCAGAAUUAACUGUUAGUGGGCAGACAAAAGAUGUUAGAGACCUGGAGUCUACAACUAAAGAAAAGAUGGAAGAAUUGGAAGUACAACUGAAACUGAAAACAGAAGAGGCCACCAAAUCUGAAGCUAAGUUCCUGAAAAUGAAGGCUUGGUCCAAAUCAAGAAUCAAACAGCUGGAGGAUGAACUGAAAAAUUUUUCAUCGAAGAAUAACGAUGUAUCUGCCUUGAACAAUCGUUUGUCAGAAUUAGAAGCUGAGAAAGAAGAACUGCAGUCAAAACUUCAAUCAUUACAUGAAAUCAGAACUCAGAAUGAAGAAUUGCUGACUAAGCUGGAAGUCUAUGAAGAGCAGCAAAGGAAGUUGCAAGCUGAUCUUGACCAAGUUACAAAGAGGGCAGCUUCACAGGCCAGUGAAUCAGGUAGUGUGGAUGAACUGCAGAGUCAGCUCUUGGAAUGGCAAGAAAAUGUGCCAGAAUCAGAGGAGUCCCGUGAUCAAGUCAGAGAAGAGAAAUCUGCUAUGGCCUUGAGAAUGGCUCAGAUUGAGGAGGAGAGAGAAGGACUGAUUGAGGAUGACUGGUUCUUUCCUGGCUGCUCUGAUCCAGCCAUAGUCUCAGGGCAACAGGAGCUGGAGGAGGAACUGACCACAGCUCAAGGAAUGGGCAGGCUGGAGCAGGCAAGAAGAAAAAGCAAUCAGACAAGCAGGAAGGUUCAGGAAGAGUAUGGCUUUGACGGAAAGCAGUGCUUUCAAGAAGCGUUGAAUGUCACCUUGGAUAGCACUGAUUCAGCUGAAGGAGAAAAUAUGGGAGGUUGGUGGCCAGAGUACACUUCACCUAAUGCAGGUUUACAGAGUGUAGUUGAAGAGUUGGAACUGGAAAGAAAUCAACUACAGGAACAAAUUCUGUUUCUAGAAGAGCGUUGUCAGGAUUUGGAAGAUAGAUUGCAGCUUCAAGGUAGAAUGGAGGCUCUUCAGAAUGAAAACGAACGUUUGCAAACUCAACUCACCCAAUUACGCAACCAACAAAUUCGAGAUGCUGAAAAGCAUCAGAUGCUGAUCUCUGGCUUGAAUGAGCAGCUAAAAGGAUUAAGUGACAGAAAUAGCUUCCUUGAAACUUCACUUGGAGAAAAAGAACAAAAGCUGCUAAACAUGACAGAAAAACUAGAACAAAUUGAAGCUUUGACAAAAUUGCUUCAAGAAAAGGAUCUGCUGAAUAAAGAGCUUGGUGAAAAGUUUGUGCAUACUGAACAAAAGCUGAAUGAAGUCUUAAAGAAAUGCAGCGUGUAUGAAGUGGAGAACACUGAGCAGAAAACAACCAUCAGUGAUCUAACAGAAAAAGUUGCUACACUGAAGGAAAAGACUUUGAAACAAGAUGGCAUGGUGGAAUCGAUGCAGCUAGAUCUGGACCAGACAAAUGAAGAGCUUGACAAACUGAAUACAAGCCAUUUAGAGGAAAGAUCUCAACUUAUUCAAGAUCUCCAGAAACGCGAAAGAGAAAUUGAUAAUCUUAAAGAAGCACUGGCAGAAAAAGAGAGGGAAAUAUCUGCCUUAUCUUUGAAUAUGACAGAAUAUUCUGAACAGGUUGUUAUCCUGAAGCAUCAAGUGCAAUGCAAAGAGGAAGAAAUAAGAGGGAUGGAAGAAGCUUUAUCAAAGGCUGAAAGGGAAACUCAUUUACUGAAAGAAGUACAAACAGCUGAUGUCAGAGAUGCAAGUGUGAAGAUAUCUGUCCUUUCUGAGCAGAGUAAUACAAUGAGACUAGAGCUAGAAAGAGUUAGAGUUGAGAAUGAAGCUAAAACCAAAGAAAAUGAGGAAUUAAUAAGACAAAUCAGUGAGAACAGCAUUACAAUUAAGGAUCUUCGUUCAGAGAUCAAGGCCAGCCAUGUUGCAUACCAUAACAAUCUUAUGGAGUGUGAGUCACAAAUUACUUUACUGAAAGAACAAAUUAGCAAAUCAUCUGAAAAGCUACAAGAAACUGAGAAUAAGCAAAGAAAAGAAACUGAAUAUUUGAAAUCUCAGAUUGAGGAAAGUAACACACUGAAAGAAAAAUGGAACAGUUUGCUUAAAGAGAAAGAGAGUAAAGAACAGACACUUGAAAAUGAGUUAAAAUCAAUUAAAGAUUUAUACAACAAACUAGUUCUGGAAGAUGCUAAAAAAGAUGAAGAGUUAGCUCAGUUGUGUCGGAAGCUUACAGAACAUACUGAACAUCAGGAAACAAUUAAAAAAGAAUUACAAGAGAAACAAGAGAUCAUUAUUUCAUUAGAUAAGAAGCUUGGGUUUUUGGAGCAACAAAAUGAAGAGACUAAACUUAAAUUAACUGGAGAUCUGAAAGCCAAAGAGACAUGUUGCAAAGAGCUUAAUAACCAAUUAAGUGAAAUACAUAAACAAAUUAACAAGAUGGAAAUAGAGACACAGGAGAAAGCUUCAGCUAAUAAGCAAUUGCAGGCAGAUCUUAAGGGGAAAGAAGAAGAACUGGCAGAGCAAAUAAAAGCAAAUGAACAACUGAAAAAAAAUAUAGAUGUAGUGGAAAAAGAGAAGCAACAGUUAAUCACUGAAAAUGAGAAUUUGUCCAAACUCCUGGAUGUAAAAGAGUGUGAAUUGUUAAGGAAAAUCCAGGCUGUGGCAGAAAUAGAGAACAAAUUAUCUGUUAGCACUGCCGAGUACCAAAAAACUCUUUCAGUACUAAAUUGUGAUAAAAACACUCUGGCAAAAGAGAUUGAACAACUUUCAAUACUUGCAGAGCAAAAAGAAAAUUCAGUUGCAGAACAGCUGCAGAAGAAAACAAAGGAAUGUAAUGUGUUAGCUGAUCAAUUGUUUGAAAGCAAGGAACAAGCACAACAGUUGCAUGAACAAAUGAAAUCACUUCUCAUUCAACUGAAGGAUGCCAAAGACAAUGAGAUAAAGAAAGAAGAAAUGAUAAAUAGUAAGUUAUCUGAAUGCGGUACCCUAAUACAAGAGCUCAGCCAUAGUAAGGAAAAGAAUUUACUACUGCAGGAACAAGUUCAAAGCUUAACUUUGGAUUUUGAAGCUAAGAGCAGGUGUCUAGAAGAAAAAAUCCUUCAAAAUGAUUUAUUACGUAAGGAAAUGGAAGACAGUAAAUUUUAUGUUGCGGAGUUGCAGGAUGAGAUUAAAAAUCUUAAGGAAGAAAAAACAAAGUUAUCUCAGUGGGUAGAGGAAAGAAACCUGACCCUAAACAGUCAGGGUUCAGAACUCGAGAAACUUCAUAAGCAAGUUUCAGACAAAAUUGAAGAAAACAGAGUUUUAAAUAAUCAGCUACAACUGUUAAGCAAAGAAGUGGCUGUGCUUAAGAAUGAAAAGGAGGACCUGUCAAACUUACUGAGCGAGAAGUCAUGUGAAUUUGAAGUUCUUCAGUCACAGUUGGUGCAGCAGCAGUCUGAAGUUACUUCAGCAAGGCAACAAGCACACACAGCAGCUCUAGAAAAUGAAAAAUUGAAAGUAGACAUUGAAACAGUAAAUGCUACCGUAAUGAAAAAGUCCGAUGAAGUAGCUGCUUUAACUUCACACUUGUCCCAACAAAGUCAUAAUAUUUUGGCUCUGAAGGACCAAAUUGAUGGCCUAGUGAUUGAGAAAGAAAACUUACGAACUGUCUUAGACGAAAAAGAAACUCUAAUUUCUGAAAAGGAUGUUUUGAUACAGCAAAUGAAAGAUAGUAAAAUGGCAGGAGAAGGGCAAUAUUUGCAAAUUGUUUCAGAUCUGCAAAACCAAAUACAAACCCUAGGUUUUGAAGCCAGUCAGCUUAGACAAGCAGUGCAGGAAAAAGAAAAUGAAUGUAAGAGACAAACCCAAGAAUUAAAGUUAUUAAAAAAUAAAUCUGAAGAGUCUGAUGUGCUUAGGGUUCAACUGUCUGAGAAUAUGGAGGUUAUUUCUGACCUUCAAUACCAGCUUAGAAAUGUGACAGAAAAAACAGCACAGUUAAAUGAUUCAAUUACACAGAAGGACGAAUCUUUAAAACAAAAGUCAGAUGAGUAUGUCAGUUUAAAAGCACAUCUUUCUGAUGUACAGGAAUCAUCUGUUUUGCAGCAGAAGCAGUUAGAGCUUUUAACCUCAGAAGCAGAACAAUUAAAAGCACUUAUUUCAGAAAAAGAUUCAAAUGUCAAUAGUAUGUCAUUGUUUAGUGAGAGUUUAAAGAUGCAAAUUCAAGAAAAAGAGAAUGAAUGUGAGGUAUUAAAAAAACAGGUGGUGGAGCUGGAGGAUGUGAAAUUGAAUUUACAAAUAGAAUUACAACAUCAGAAGAAUGUAAUAAUUGAGAUGGACCAGUCAUUGUCAGAAAAGGAAUCGUCUCUUGUAGAAAAUAAAAGACUCCUCAAAACUCUGAAGGAGAAAGCAAAGAAAGAUGAAGAGAAUAUAAAUUUAAUUUCUCAACUCCAAAGUCAGGUACACGAGCUAACACAAGAACUACAAAAAUCUAAAGAACUAGUCCAUGAGAAAGAGAAUGCUUUGUUUUCUCUUCAGGACAAAAUUGAAGCACAGUAUGAACUAAAAACUGAGUUCAAUGCAGCUCUUAAUAAAAAAGAAGAAGUUAUUGCUGGACUGCUUAAUUCUGUGAAGGAGAAAGAUACAAGUAUACAGUUGGCAGAUAGCAACAUUAAUAUUCUUUCUAGUGAGAUUGCGGUUCUCAGAGAAGAAUUAGAGAAAAGUGAUGCAGCCAUGAAAAAUCUUACUAAGGAAUUUCAGGAAAAGAAUGAAGACUUCAAUAUUAAUCAGAAAAAAAUCGAUUCUUUGACAGUUGAGCUUGAGACUGUAAAAAAUGAAUACCAAAAAGCACUAGACCAAAUAAGUACAUGGAAACAAGAUUUACAGCAAAAAGAAUUGGCUGUGGAGUCCCUGCGUGUGACGUGCACUGAACAGGCAGAUAGCAUAGCAUGUUUAAAGUUAGAGCUGGCGAAUGUAAAUUCCAAAUCAUCUCAAGACAGCCAUGACAAUGCUCUUUUAAUAGGUAAUCUGCAAAUCCAGGUAGAAUCUUUACAGAAAGAAAAAAAUGUGUUACAAGAAGAUGCUAAUAAACUGAUGGCUGAAAACACACAGCUCACUGCAUCUCAAAAUCGUUUGCAAAAGAAAUUGGAAGAGCUCCAAGAAAUUAAUGAAAAACUAGAAACCAGUGAGAAUUAUUCAAGAAUGCAGAUAGAUGCUGUCAAACUGCAGAUGAAGACUGAAAAAGAGAAGUUACAGACGCAGGUUAGUGCGAAGGGUGAAGAACUUUCUAAGUUAGAAGUUAAAUUUAACACUCUAGAACAAAGUCUACUCGAGUCAGAAAAAAAAUGGGUGACAGAACUUGAUAGGGCAACUUUACAAAAUAAAAAUCUUACUGAGCAAUUGAGCAGUUUAGAAAGUGAAAUGAAAUCGAAGGAUAACAAAAUCCAGUCUUUACAGCAAGAACUGGAUCUUUCCAAAGAGGAAUUAACUCAAACCCUAUCUCCAUUACUUAAUAGUAGGGUUUUGUAUAAAGAAGAGAAUGCACAGACUUCAGAUUCCCAACUGCAGCUAACUGAUAGUAAAAUUCAGUUGGAAAAAAUCUCCACUCUGGUAACUACUAUUUUGAGCAAAGAAGCAGAAGGAGAACAAUUGCAGCUGAUUCUUUUAGAAAAACAGAAGGAAAUAGAUAUCAUAAAAGAUGAAUUAAAAAGCAUGCGGUUACUUGAGAAAGAGAAGGAGUUGCUGCAGAGUGAUAUUGAAAAGAUGAAGGGCACCUAUGAAUCUGAGAUUGAAUGCCUAUCACGAGAAAUGGUCAUUGUCAAGGAAACAUUAUGUAAGCAACAGUCUCUUUUGCAAGAAAGAGAAGAAUCAUUUGCAGAAAUGAAUAAGCAGGUUGAAUUUCUUCAGGACAAAAUAAAUAAAUCAGAAGAAAUAGUAAGAACCAGUCAAGAAAAACUGCAUGUUGAAGGUAAAAAAGUAGCAAGUUUUCUUGAAGAAAUGGGAAAAAAAGAUCAACUGAUAGAAAACUUAACUUCACAGGUAAAUCAGCAAAAGGAUUUAAUUUCUGGUCUAAGCCAGCAGCUGAAAGAAAAGGACUGCUCUGUUGCCCAGGUCAUGGAAUCAUUAUCAAAUGAAAUGCUGAAUUUUUCAGAAGAGAGGAAUACAUUAAAUAGCAAGCUGCAGGAUCUGGAAACUGUUCAUAAUAGUUCUGUAGAAGAACUAAAUAGAGUACUGCAGGAACUUGGGGAUUGUAAGAGAGAACUGGAACGUAGUCAGGUUAUGUUAAGCGAUAGAGAAGCUGUUGUUAAAGAUUUAAUGAAAGAAAAAGAGGAGAUGCAGUUUAAUCUUGAGAAACUUGACAAGGAAAAAGAGAAUCUGAAAAAGAAACUUCAAGCAGCACUGAUAAUAAGAAGAGAUCUAAUGCAAAAAGUUGGAAAACUAGAAAAGAGUGGACAGGAAGAAAUAGAAAAAGAGCAAAAAAAAUCAGAGGAAUUGUUGAAGAAAGUUAACGAGUUAACAGACAAGCUGAAACUAGUUGAAGUACAAAAUAAUGAUUUUGAGUCUUAUCUUGGAACUUUGAAGCAAGAACUUUUAGAAAAAGAUGCCAAAAUAAGUGAUUUAAAUGAAAUGUUGUCUGCAAAGGCCUCUCAUUUAGAGCAACUUGAGACCAGUAUUGCAAGACUAACUGAUGUUAUUGCUGAAAAACAAAAUGUAUGUGAACAGAACCUAAAAUCUUUAGAAGAAAAGGACUGCAUGCUUGCUCACAUACAAUCUGUGCUUGAUGAAAAAGUAAGUGCAUAUGAAGAGGAACGUUCUCAGCUCUUUAUAGCUCUUGAAAAGGUGAAGUCUGAAGUUAAGAGGGAAGAAUUACUGAAAAAUUACAGUUCUGAAGAGACCAAUUUAAGUGCUGGGGAACAUAAGGAAUGUUUGGACUCCAACAGUGAAAUUAAUAUUAUGAAUCAAUUGAAAAAGGAAAAAGAAACCUUACAGGGGGAGCUUUUGGGAAAACGUGAAGAAACUGAUGUGAAGAAUUUGGAAUCAGACAAAUCAAGAAGCAAGGUUCAGACUGCAUCCUUGAAAGAGUCAGAAAACCUAGUAACUUCAGUAACAAGGACAGAGACUGAAUUAGAAGAUCUAAGAAGUAAUUAUGCAAAGCUUCAGGAGGAAACAGAACUGCUAAAGGAAGAGUUGAGAAAAAUAUUAGUUGAAUUCAGUGGGGAAAGAGAAGAAACUCUUAAAGUUGACUUAAACUCUGUGGAACAGCAGGAACAGUACCAGGAGCAAUGUAAGGACAGUUUGUUGGAUGAUAUAAAGCAGCUAAAGAAAAAGCUGAAAGCAUACAUGGCUGAAGUUGUAGACAUUAAGGCAAUGCUUGAACAUGUCAAUAAUGAGAAAGAAACACUUAUUAAAAAAAAUGAAGAGGAUUACAAGAUGAGCCAGGAGAAACUGCAGAGAUUGAGAAUGAAAGCUAAGAAGGAGAUUGCAGAAAAGAAUGAGGAAAUAGAAGCAUUGCAUUCUUCACUUAAGGAUUUCAGAGAGAAACUUGAUCUGGAAAAGGAAUUUUUAAAAGAAACUAUAAAGGAGGGCCAAGAAGAAGCCCGCCGUUAUAAAGCAGCUUUGGAAGAAAUGAAGAGUGAAAAAGAGGAGCUUCUCAGUUGUUUAGAGAAGUCCAAUUUGGAGCUAGUUAAUCUGAAAAGUGAGGUGAACCAUUUCAGUGAAGAAAACAAAAAGCUUCUGAGAGAGCUAUGUAUACUACACGAGAAGGCUGAGAUAAGUAGUCCUGUGGUGUCAUGCAAAGAGUUAAAGGAAGAAAAUGAUACUGAAAAGGAACUGAGAGAAUUCUGUUUGGAAAGUAAUUCGCUUCAAGGAAAAUUGCAAAGUAAAAGCACUUGUUUUCAACUAUCAGAGACUGAUUACUCUGGAAAAACUAAACUGAAAGAAACAACAGAAUAUCAAAUCCAGAAAGAAAUGCAAAUAGUUCAAGAACCACUGGUAAAAACUGUAAAUGUAAAUCAUUCUAAACCACAAGAGCAAAGAACUACAGCAGAGGAGAAGCCCAGAGAAGACCGCCUUCAGAGAAAGUUACAAGCAGCUUUAAUAUCACGGAAAGAGGCCUUGAGGGAAAAUAAAUAUCUAAAAGAUCAGAUUGAUAAACUGAUAUUAGAAAGGGAGGAACUGGUGAACAAGACAGGUACGCUUGAACAAUUGUUGUUAGAGCUUGGUAGAGAAAAGCAAAGUUCAAAUACUGUUUCUCCAGGAUCUGAAGAGGAGAGCCUUGUUUCUGAAAAUGCUAGACUGUUGACUGAAAAUGAAAACCUCACUGCUGCUUGUGAAAGUCUUAAAUCUACCAUGGAGACUAUAGUUCAGGAAAAAGAGGCCUUCUCUUUCCAGCUAAAUACCUUAAAAGAUUCUCAGACAGUUGAAUUAACAGGAUGGAAGGCUAAACAUAGUGAAUUAAAGCAAGAGUAUGAAUCACUCCUUCAGGCUUAUGAGAAUAUCAGUAGUAAAAUAGCAGAUAUGAGGCAAGUUAUUGAUGCCACUAGAAAAGAGAAGCAAGAGGCUAUUCAAAGACUCAAGAAAGGAGAAUCUGAGAAGGAGGCUCUUGAGAAGUGUUUUCAAAAACUCACUGAUGAAAAUAAAGCUAUUAAGGAUCAACUGAAACAGCUCAGUGAAUCCAAGAAAUUGGAAGUUGAUGAAUUACAAAGUAAAGCAAAAAGGCAGAUACUUGAGCAAGAGGCAAGGAUGGAAGAACACAAGGAUCAUCUUCAGGAACUCACUCAGCAGAAUCAUCAGCUAACAGAGGAAAACGAGCAGCUGAAGCAAACUUCUGAAAGUUUAAAGCAGACUUUAGAGAAAAUUCAGAAUGAAAAUGACAUUCUUCAUAAUAACAUCACUGUAACUAAAACAGCUUUGGGAGACCUUCAAGUUCAAAUGGAAACAUACCAAAAUGAUAUGCAAUCUAAAAUGACUGAUGCAUUGUAUGAGAAUGAAUCAUUAUUAAAAGACAUUAACGUGUUAAAGGAUAAACUCUCUGAAAAAGAACAAGAUGUGCUUGUCCUAGAACAAGAAAGAAAAUCAAUUUCAGAAAAAGUGAAAGAAACUGAAAAAUCUUUGGACUAUAAAAAUCAUUGUAUCACAAAGCUGGAUAUGGAAUGUAAAAGUCUUAACCAAGAAAUUGUUAGUCUAAAUGAAAAAGUCAAGAUUUUAGAGGAUGAUAAAUGUCUGUUACAGGAGGAAUUAGAAAAUGUCCAAGAAAGUUCUUACAAAGUAAAGAAUGAGAGAGAAUUUCUUGAAACAGAAUUGCUUAAUCACAUUAAAAAAAUUGAUCAUCUUACUGAUAGAGUGAAAUCACUACAGAUGCAGAAUAGCUUGCUGCUACAACAACUGGAAGACUUAAAGGCAGAAAAAUGUAAUGUGAUUAGAGAAAAAGAAGAACAGCAGUUACACCUUGUAAAAGUGUUUGAGGAGAAGGUGAAAUGUGCCCAGAGAGAUAAUAGUGGAAGUAAAAACAAAACAAAAGAAUUACAAGAACUCUUAAAGGAGAAACAGCAAGAGAUCAACCAUUUGCAAAAGGAUUCUAUAAAACUCCAGGAGCUGAUCCUAGAUUUGGAAAGAUCUGUGAAACUGUCACAGUCAAAAAGUGAGAAAUUUGAAAAGGACUUAAGUAAUAUGUCAGAAAAGCUUGCGAAAUCAAAUGAAGAAAUAAACCAUCUCAAUGAAAAGCUUUCUUCACAGGUGAGCUUGUUGGAUCAGUCAAAGAAUGAAGUGGACAGGCUUACAGCCGAGAAUCUAAAUUGGAGAAAAGAACUUAAGAAGAAAGAAGAUGAACUACAAAUCCAAAAGAGAGAACAUGUGACAGAAUUGGAACUUAAUCUUCAACAAUCAAAAUCGGUUCACAAAAGAGAGUUUUUGAACCUAGAGGAAAGGCACAGUGCCCUUCAGAGAGAGAAAGAUAGGGCAGUUAGUGAGAUUCAUGGAUUGCAAGAGGAAGUUAACUUUAAGGAUUCUCAAAACAAGAAACUUCAGGCAGAUUUGAAUGCAGCUUUGGCACGAUUAGCUGCUUUUGCAAAGUGUAUGUCCUCUCUUCAAAAUGACCGGGAUAGGGUAAUCACUGAAAUGAAGACUUGGGAAAUGCAGUUCAAAGAGGCCAUCCAAAGUAAAGAGAAACAGAUAGAAGACAGUAAUAAAAUGAUAAUGUCUUUACAAGAUGAACUGAAAGACAAAAUGACUCAGAUUCAAGAAUUGAAUAUCAAGUAUUCCGUGGUAGAGGAAACGAAGGAUGAACUGUACUUGAAGCAAAAAUCUGCUGAUACACAACGGCAUGAAGAGCUCUGCAGAAUAAAAGAAGAGAAUACCUCUUUUUAUAACAGGCAGCAAGAAUUGGAAAGUGCUCUUCAGUCAAAAGAAGAAGCUUUGCAAGCACUCCUUAAAGAAAAUAAUUCUCUUAAUCAUCUCAUAGAGAAUAAUAAAAGUGCAGGAAGAGAGAUAAAAGCACUGGAAAGUAAUUUUACAAGACAAGAACAAGAAUUGCAACAGCUUCUAUCUGAAAAGGAAAAAAUCAAUGCUGAAUUGGAAAAGCAGAUUACCAUUUCUGAGCAAAUGAAAAUCAUGCUAAAUAAUAAAGAUAAAGAAAUUUCCUUACUCAUUUCUUCAAAAGGUGAUGAAAUUUCUGACUAUCUGAUUCAGGUACAGACUCAACAUAGAGAACAGAUCAAAGAAUAUGAAUUUCAGUUAAGGUCUCUGCAGAGAGAGAGACAACAAUCUGAGGAAUCUUGUCAGAGGAUGGAAAAUGAACUAAAAAAUCUCCAGAUGAAAGCAGAUAAAGCAGAUCAAGAUAAGGCUGCAAUUGCCAGUGAAAUAGAUGCUUUUAAAAGAUCAAUGUCAUCUCUUCAGAAUGAUCGGGAUGAUCUUUUCUCUAAAUUCAAAGAGUUGGAACAUCUUCACCAAAAUGUCUUAAACGAGCGGGACAGUCUUAUAGUUAGCAAUGCAAGUGAAAAUAAUGCUUUGAAACAAGAAUUAAGAAUACUUCUCAAUCAGAUAGAUGAUCUUCAUUCUGAAAAUGCAAUGUUAAGUGCACAGCUAAUUAAGUAUAGGGAAGAUCUUAACCAAGUUUUAUCUCUGAAAGAUCAUCAGCUGAAAGACUUACUAAAACAGAAAUUGGAUUUUAUUAAAGGCCUUGAAAAAGAAAAAUACGAUCUACAAAAGCAAAUAAAAGACAUGCAACUGUCCAAUCAACUGCAAAUAGACACUGCUGUAUCUUUGGAACAUGAAAAUAAAAAAUUACUGUCUAAAGUAUAUGAUUUAGAAUCUUUAAUUGCAUCAUUAAACAAGGAGAAACUUGUUUCUGAAUCUGGAGAGAAAUUGUUAACUAGUGGUAGUAUUCAGAAAAAAGGAUGUGUAUCUGAUGGACUGUAUGAAGCAAAACUUCAGAAGAGGAUUCAGGAAGUCCAGAAAUCAGUAAGCAGAAAUGCAGAUGGGGAAUACAGUAAGACUCUUUUGACACCUGAGCAUGGAGAUGAACCUGAUGCUUUUACAGAGAUGGUACUAGAAAUUCAAUCUCAGAAUAGAGAGCUGAGAUCCCAAAAUGAGGCCUUUGGGAAGGCAAUGACUGCUCUGCAAAAUGACAGAGAUAGAAUCAUAGAGGACUUAAAGAUACUUCAGGGCAAAUUCACAUCAGAACUCAAGUCCGAAAAAAAGAAAGGAGAUGAACUUGAAGCUGAAUUGGAUUCCUUUAAAUCACAUCUUGUCAGUAUGCUCAAAGAACACGACCUUCUGAAUAAGGUGCAUUUUGAUGCUGCAAAUAAGGUUACAGUUGAUCAGAUUGCUGAUGAAAUUGAAAAUCUCUGUAGGACAUUAGUCACCCAUGAGUUGGAGAUUAGCAGACUCUCAUCUGAGUGUGGGAAUUAUGUUCACCAGAUUGAAGCAUUUUCCAAGGCUAUGGCCAGUCUUCAGGAUGACCGAGACAAAUUGCUGCAGGAACUCAGCAAACAGAAGGUAGUUUCUGAAGCUAAACAGGGAAAAGCUUUGUUUCCCGUUGCUUGCAACAGCAUCAGUGAGAUAAGUUCUUUUAAAAGUAAUUUGGAUAGGCCUCAGAUCAAAUGGGAAAGAUUGGCUAAAGAAGGAGCCAGUCUUGCAGCUGUUGAAAUAUCAAAACUGAAGUCCAAGGUUGAUGAGUUGGAGAAGGCAUUGCAUCAGACAAAAGCCUUCCAAGCAGAGACUGAGAGAGAGAUUGCAUCAUACCAGAGUGAGCUUGCUGGAUUGAGGACGGAAAAACAACUCCUCCUCUCAGAGUCUGAGGCACUGCGAAAUCAAUGUCAAGUGACAGUUGCUGAGAAAGACCGACAGAUUGCAGAACUGCAGAAGCUGCAAGAAGACAUGUUUGUUAAGAAAUCAGUCUCCACCAGCAGCAAUUACCCGGUUAAGGUUUUAGAAACUGUGUCCCUUGCUGGAAGUGCAGACAUCCCUGAGGAAAUCAGACAUGUCUUGGCUGAGAAGAAUCAACUUCAAAAUGAGCUGCAGCACUGUCUUCAGGAGAUGCACCAGAAGGAUCUGCAUUUACAUCAGAUUAAUUCAAAGGUUGUGCAGUCAACAGAAGAGAAUGCUGUCUUGUCUGCCCAGUUGAAGACUUUGUCUCAGACCCUAAGGGAUAACCAGCUUCGUUACACUGAUUUGCAGAAUCGUUAUUUAAGGCUGGAGAGAGAAUAUCAGACAAUGCAAGUGACGUCUUUCCAAGGCACUGUUCAGAAUGAAACUAGAGCUGAAGUUCCCCCUGGAGCACCACAGGAAAGAUCUGCAGUUAUUGUUGAAAUAGACAAUAUGGAGCUAAAUGAACUCAGAAAAAGGCUUGCAGAGACUGAGCAACAAUACGAUUCAGUGCAGCAGGCUCUCUCACAGCUGACAGAAACACUGUCAGAAGAGAAGAGAAGGAGAGAAGCUGCAGAAGAAGCUCUUGGACUCUCUGAAGAGCUAAGUAACAGAUUUGAAGUAAGUAGUUACAGGUCUGUGCCUAGAGAAUACACUGUUCAGAUGGAAACUGAGGAGGAAAGGGAAGCCUUAAUCAUCAAUCCUAGUGAACAUGUUAUUGUACGAAAGGUGAAAGGAGGAGCCCUUUCCUUUAGAAGAUGGCUUCGAGGACGAAGUCUUUACUGUUCUAAGCUGCUGACGUCCAGAGCAAAAUCCCGCUAUUUAUUCCUUACAUAUCUAGUUACACUACAUCUUGUUGUUUUACUGUGCCUCACUGGUGUUCUCUGAAUGCACUGCAUUUUCUGGGUAAAUUAUUUUCCUAUAGGUAAUGGUGUGCCAAUUGAAGAUAAUAGACUUCUCACAUGCUGCUGUUAAGCUAUGCACUGGACACAGUUGUAUAUAUUCUUGUUACACUACAUGAAUCUUGAGCUUCUUGUAAGAAAUUUGUGUAUAUCACAGUUGCUCCAAAGUUGAUUUGAAUUGCUCUUUAACAGUGGGAUAUUAUAUUUGCUAAGGAGAAAAUAUUCCCCUCAUUUGCCCUAUAAAGAAACUGCUGCAUACAAGUUAUUUAAUAUUGUUUGUGAGUACAUAAUGAUUGAUUACUACUGAAUGGGUUGUAAAUGAUAUCUUUUCUAAAUAAAUUUUAUUUUAAGAGUUAAACUAUACAUUUUAAAGGAAUAUUCAACUAUUACUGUUUAUUGGCUUCUUGAUUAUAACAAGAAGUUUUAUAGAGUGCAAUAAAGGAAGAAGAACUGGA